AUGUUUAUUAUUUUUGGAACAAUUGGUAAUGCUCUCAAUUUAUUUAUUUUUACACGGCCGACACUUGCACGAUCAUCAUGCACAUUAUAUCUUAUUGCAGCUUCAAUCGACAAUAUUCUUGUUAUUUACGUAUCAUUAUUAAGUCGUCUACUAGCCAAUGGAUAUGGUAUGGAUGUAGCAAGAACAUCAGAUGCUAUGUGUAAAUUACGGUUUUUUGUCGCUUAUGUACUUUUUGCUUUAUCACCAUAUUUCUAUGCAUUGGCUUGUUUUGAUCGAUAUUGCUCGAGUUCACCAUUAGCUACACGUCGAUCAUUGUGUAAUAAAAAAGUAGCAAAACAAUUAAUUAUUGCAGCAAUUAUUUUGGCUUGUAUUUUAUAUUUACAUAUGGCAAUAUUCUACGAACUAAAUAGAUCAGGUUCUUCUGCUACCUGCAGUAGUCGACCAGGUCUUUAUGAUUUAUUUUAUCGAAUAUUUUAUCUGAUUGUAUAUUGUAUUUUACCAUCUUUUUGCAUGGCGGUAUUGUGUAUACUUACUUUAAUGAAUGUUCGUCAUCAAUCAAAUCGAAUUCAACCUAUGUUAGCAACUGUUAAUGGUGGUUCUCGUCGUCUUGAUCGUCAUUUAAUUCGAAUGUUAUUUUCACAAAUUUUAACACAAGUUAUUUGUAUUCUACCAUUCGCUGUUCUAAAUUUACUGGGUUUUUUAAUCAAUCGACGUGCACAAUUAUUUUCAUUUUUCCAUCAAAUUUUUACUGUACCAUUAUUUGUUAGUUAUGUAACAAGUUUUUAUAUUUUUACAUUGUCAUCUCGUAUUUAUCGACAAGAAUUACUUCGACUUUUAUGGUUUCGAAAAGCAAGAGACAAUGGAACAGAAUUUAGUGUAAAAACAUUAACAAAUGGUCGAAGUGUUCAAACAAAAAUGAAGGGUACUAUUAGUGAAACUGUUAAUUAA